AUGUCCGCCGCCAUCCGGACGCGCCCAGCCGCGUCCCCGCCGUUCCAACCGCGCGCCGCCGUGCACCCGCUCGGCCCAGGCGCGGCCCACCCGAGCCCAUCGGGGCCCGAGCCGCCCCAAGCGCGCCGCCGCUCGCCUCCAAGCUCCCGUCGGAGCUUUGCCGCCCGCUCGCGGCCUCCCGCGCCGCCGGGCUCCCUCCGCCGCCGCCGGCGCGCCCCGCCCCGCCGUCGACUACCGCCGCCCGACCUCACCUCGCCACCGCCGCUGGGCUCCGCCCCGCGCCCCGCCAGUGUCCCGCCCCACGCCGGCCGCCGCCUCCUCCUCGCCGGUGCGCGCCACCGCCUUCCGCACCGGCCGCCGCCCGGAUCUCACUUCCCCUCACGCCGCCAUGCCCCGCUCGUCGCCGGUGCUCCUCCGUUCAUCUUGAUGCCCUAA